CUGUGGAUUCGGCUUUGAAAAAGUAAAACAAACAAAUAAUUAUUAUGUUUGCUGCUAUUCUAAAUUUAAAAAUUAGAAACAUAAUUAACUUGAAAUUGUGAAAAUAACACACUACACAGUUUAAAACUCAAACUGAUUAUAUUACCCAUAUCCAAAGAUGUUAAUGUAUUAAAAAUCGCUAAUUCUAUACUUCUUUAGUUCAAACGUAAAGAACAGACUACUUUAUGUUUACUUAACUCUUAUCAUUUUUAUCAAACAAUGAAUAGUCAAUGACAAUUCACAAUUAUCCCUCUUAUAAGUUUGCAAUACCUAAGUGAUUUCUUAUAAUGUAACUGUUUUCCGAAUUCCGAGUUAUAUCACGCAACUAAGCACAAACUACGCAUUAGAUAUUAUUUUAUUUGUAAAAUAGUUUUUUCUGAAUAAUUAUCGUAUAAAAUAUACCUAUGGAUUCAUUGGGGCCAGAACAUCCAAGAAAUCUUAUACCUGAAUUAUGUUCCCAAUUUUACCAUAUGGGAUGGGUCACAGGCACUGGUGGUGGCAUUUCAAUUAAAGAAGGGGAUAAAAUAUUCAUUGCUCCAUCAGGAGUACAAAAGGAAAGAAUGAAACCAGAUGACUUAUUUGUUCAGACAAUUAAUGAUGAAGAUCUGGAAUUACCACCACCUGACAAAAAGUUAAAGAAAAGUCAAUGUACUCCCCUAUUCAUGCUCGCUUAUCGUGAGCGAGGCGCUGGUGCAGUCAUACAUACACAUUCACCACAUGCUGUACACUGUACACUGCUGUAUGACAAGGAGUUUGUUAUCACCCACCAAGAGAUGAUAAAGGGUAUAAAAGAUGCCAAGUUAGGUAGAUAUCUGCGUUAUGAUGAGAAACUAGUAGUUCCUAUAAUUGAGAACACUCCAUUUGAGAAAGAUCUAGCCGGUAGUUUGGGAGAAGCUAUAGCAAAGUAUCCUGGUACAAGUGCAGUACUGGUGCGAAGACAUGGAGUCUAUGUAUGGGGUGAUAGUUGGCAACAAGCUAAAACUAUGACGGAAUGCUACGACUACCUUUUUGAAAUGGCAGUGGAAAUGAAGAAACUAGGACUCAACCCAGCCUAUAAUCCUGAUACUGAGAAAGUUGAGAAUGGUGUAUAAAGUUUAAAGAAAUCUCACUAAGCCAAAACUUACUAAAUAAGGAAAUGUUUUAUAUAGUGUUACAGUUAAAUAAACUGUUUUUUUGUUAAAUAA